UUGACGUUCCGUUUGGCGGAAAAUAGCGGGCGCUGCGGCAUCGUGAUUCGCGCGGCGACUUUUAUUUUCAUUCAGUUAUUUCUUACCGCGUGAUCGUAGCCCUCGUGUAUUGAAUUCUACAAUUUGUUUCGUGCACCAUUUUAUGUGAAGAUGGGCGACUCUCAAGCUGAUUUUAGUAAAAACGUAUUCCUGGUUGGGGGGAUCACUUUAGCGUGUGUUUUAGUACAUUUUAUUUACAAGUUCUUCAUUAGUAAUAAAGAAAAUGACCUGCAACUGGUACAUGAAACUGAAUCGGAGCCAGUGGCUCCAGUAGCGGAGGCGACGUCUCAGCAGGCCGCGCCGGAGACCCGGCCUAGCGGCAAGGCCAAGAAACGGACCACGUGGAAGACCAAGUCAGAAGAGUUCAGCCACCCCUGGCUGCUGAAGAACCUCAAGGGGCACCCCGGCAAUGUCCUGCAUAUGGACUUCUCCGCCAACGGCAAAUAUAUGGCCUCUACAUGCGAUGAGGCCGACUCGUCGCCGGAGGUGGUCGCCGCGGCCCGCCGGCGCAAGCCGCGCGAGCGACGCCGCCCCCCGGCCGCGCCGCCGUCGCCGCCGCCCCCGAGAAUCUCCCCCGAGGAACUAGCCGAGGCGCUGCGGCCGCACCUGCUGUCCCCGCAGCGCAUGUGGACGCUCGGCUACCCCUUCGAGAUCGAGCCCAACUCGUGCAAGGCCGUGGUGUACGUGAACCCGCCGCCGCGCCCGCGCCCCGCCACGUCGUGGGACGUGAACGCGCCCGAGUUCGUGCCCAGCGGCGGCUCGUGCGGGGACUCCGGGCGCGGCUCGUGCGGCAGCUCGCCGCGCUCCGACAGCGACGAGGAGGCGGACGCCGUGGAGCGCACGUGCGUGCGCUGCGACGCGCUGUUCCGCAUGUCGCGCGACGGCGACUACGUGAGCGAGGAGCCGUGCGUGUACCACUGGGGCCGCGCGGGCGCCGAGCGCCGCUACAGCUGCUGCGGCGCGGCGCCGGGCGCGCGCGGCUGCAGCACGGCGCGCCUGCACGUGUGGUCGGGCACGCGGCCCGGCAUGAACGGCCCGCUGGACGGCUACGUGCGCGCGCGCUCGCGCCGCGGCGGCGUGUUCGCGCUGGACACGGAGAUGUGCUACACCACGAGCGGACUGGAGCUGGCCAGCGUGGCCGUGGUGGCGGCGGACGGGCGGCUCGUGUACCGCGCGCUCGUGCGCCCCGCCGGCCGCGUCGUGGACCACAACACGCGCUUCUCCGGCAUCAGGCCGCGCGACCUGGCGCGCGCGACCAAGACGCUGAGGGACGUGCAGAACGACAUCCUGGGCUUCGUGGGCUCCGACACCAUCCUGGUGGGGCACGCGCUGGACAACGACCUGCGCGUGCUGAAGCUGCUGCACGGCGCCGUGGUGGACACGGUGGCGCUGUACCCGCACGCGCGCGGCUGGCCGCUGCGGCGCUCGCUGCGCGCGCUGGCGGCCGAGCUGCUGGGCCGCAGCGUGCAGCGCGGCACGCACUCGCCGCUGGAGGACGCGCGCGCCGCCAUGGACCUGGUGCUGCUGCGCGUGCACGCCGAGCGCCCCCCGCGCCCGCGCCCCGCCCCCGCCGUCGCCCCCGCCGUCGCCCUGCUGCCCUACGACCCGCUGCUGGUGCCCGCCUAGCACCGGCUCCUCUACCGUGACGACUGUUCGAUGAACAUGAUGCGAAUUUGGACAAUUUUUCUAGUACAAGUGACUUAAGACGUUACGUUGACGAAGCGCGCGUACUUACGUGUAUGUGCCUUCGAAUUGUUGAUGGACAAUAAACGUAUAUGAUCUUUUUUACAAAA